AGUACGUACCCAAGUAGUAAUAAACGCUGGGAUGAAACUCAAUCCCUCGAUACAACCGAUCCAUCUGCAGCCAGCCGAGCAUCACAUCAAACCCCAUCCAUCCAGCUGUGCCGUUCUCACCUCAUCUUGUGUGGAUGCACUUCCUUUUUCUUAUUACUCGGACACAUGUGUCAAGCUCCGUAUCUGGCUCCGCUGUGA